UUUCUCUCUCUUCUCUAGGCUCGCUACAAUGUCCACAGCGGAGCCGAGUGUGUGCAUCCUGCCUGCAGUACCAGAGACCUGUCCACCAGAGGGCGCUGCUACUGUGCAGAGCUGCUCAGAGACCAUGCUGGCGGGCGGAGUCAAGCCUCUGCAUAGAUUCAUAAGAGGAGAGCCCAAGAGUGUGGGGAUUGCCGUGCUUUUCCUUGGUCUCACUGUGAUGAUCAUCGGAUUCGAAGACUGGAAAGUAUUUGAGACAGACAGUUUCAGUCUCCAGCCUUUCUUGAUUGGACUGCUGUUCAUCAUUUCAGGAAUUCUUUGCAUCGUCUCUGAAAACAGACCAACAAAACAGCUGGUCACUGCAUGUUUGGCGGUGAAUAUUAUCAGUAUUUUAGUGUCGCCCUUCGCAGUCAUGCAACAGAUGGUUCAGGCAACAAGCAAAAUACAGCUCUUUCCACACGAUUUCAACAUUACUGCUUUAUCCAACUGUACUGACCCCUGCUGGCCAGAACAAUUCCAUCACACUCUGCUCACUACUUUUUGGGUCUCGAUCAUCUACAUUCUGAGCGGAAUGGUGCUCUUGAUUGUGAUGUCAGGGUUCGCUUGCGCUGGCCUCAGGCCCAGCCAAUCACAGGCCAUUGUUGUUAUGAAUAUGAAACCGACUGAUGAAAAUUAGAAGCGACUCUCCCUCCCUCUCUCUCCCCCUCCUCCUCUCAUCCUUCUCUUCCAUCUCCACUCCCCCUUCCUCUCCGCCCUCCUC